AUGACUGAUGACUUAAUGAUACUAAAAUCUCCUCUGAAUUUCAGAAAAAAUUCUGAAUAUGAGCCUUAAAGAAUUCUAGUUGGAGUUACAGGUGGUUCAGCGGCUGGCAAGACCACUUUAUGUGAGACUAUAAAAAGAGAGAUACAAUUUGAUUCUGAUGUCGAUAUGACAAUUUUAUCCUGUGAUUCUUUUUACAAGGAAGUUGACAAAACCAAAAUCGAUAUAACUCAAUAUAAUUUUGAUCAUCCAGACUCCAUUGAUUGGGAUUAUGCAUUUCAAGUAAUUUCUACUUUAUUAUCUGGUAAACCAUCGAAAAUACCUAAUUACUCAUUUGUUACCUAUAAAAGAGAGAAUGAAGAUGGAAUCAUUAUACCUGCUCAAGUUAUUGUAUUUGAAGGCAUUUUAGCGUUGUAUGAUGAAAGAAUUAGAAAUUGUAUGUCAUAUAAAAUAUUCAUACAUUGUGAUGAUGAUAUCAGGCUGUGUAGAAGAAUCAUUAGAGAUGUUAAUGAGAGAGGAAGAAACGUAACAAGCGUCCUAUUUUAAUAUAGUUAAUUUGUUAAACGCUCCUUUGAAAAUUUCAUUUAACCAUUUAUGAGCUAGGCUGAUCUUAUUAUUCCAGGUCAUAGAUCAAAUCAUGUAUCAGUGGCUUUUAUUGUGAACCAUCUCAAAAAUAUGGCAAAAUAGAAUGGAUUGCUAAGAGAGAAGUUAAAUACUUAACUUUAUUUUGGGGAUAUUUUAUAUUCAGUUGAUGGUUUCAUGCGCAAUAGAACUUAAAUGGAUUUCACAAAAUAUGAUUCAAAUUAUAAAUAAUUAUUUUUCCCUGAAGAACAAUUUAAAAAUGAAUUGCUUUACAUAACCUAAAAUUUCUUAGGGGGAUAAUUAUAGACAAAGAAAGCUAUUUAUAAAAUGAUUAAACUCUGUUUUAAAUAAACCUUCAUUAUGUUCGAAAAAUGUUUAGCAUAAAAUAAAUAAACAUUUGAUUAAGUCAAGUGUUAUCAUUUAAACGAUUUAUUGAAGAAAGAUUUCAUUCCAGAUAAGGACUUUUCUACAAUAAUUGUGGCUGUCCCAUAUAUGUUUAGAAAUGGUACAUAGAAACUACAUUUAGUAGAAGAGAAGUUAAAAUAAUUUUAGCAUAUUCAAUUGAUUGUGAUUAAUAUUUUUUCAGAUAUCAAAGCAGUGACUGAUAUCAAUUGGACGUUUAAGAGAUUGAAAAUCUUGAUCAAUGCAUUUUUAGUAGGUAAAUUGGAUAAAUUAAAAAGUCUUUUAUUGAUUCAACAGGAACAAGAACCUGAUAUCAUGUUUUAGCAGGACAGAUUUUAUAAAAAAUUGUUAGAGUUUGUCAAUAAAAAACAACAAAAAAAUCUAACAAAUUAAGAUGAUGACUAUUGUUGA